GUCACUAUGCCUCGAAUUAAAGCACUUAUGACUGGUAGCAUCCCAGGUUUCAUUGAUAUAAUCAUGAACCUUAACUCUCCAGCCUUGAUGGAAGACAACUUAAUAUGGCAGGCCAAAGUUGCUGGGAAAAGAAUAAUAUUCUAUGGUGAUGAUACAUGGAUUAGGCUGUUUCCAAAGCAUUUUGUUGAAUAUGAUGGGACAACAUCUUUUUUUGUCUCAGACUACACUGAGGUUGACAACAAUGUUACUAGACAUUUGAAUAAUGUACUGAAAAGAGAAGACUGGGAUAUACUCAUUCUUCAUUAUUUAGGAUUGGAUCAUAUUGGUCAUCUGGCUGGACCAAACAGUCCUUUGAUAGGACCAAAGCUUUCUGAAAUGGAUAACAUUAUCUCAAAGAUUCAUAAGUCUCUGCUUUCCAAGGAACGAGAGAAAAGAACUUUGCCCAAUUUACUUGUUGUUUGUGGUGACCAUGGCAUGUCUGAAACAGGAAAUCAUGGUGGUUCCUCAGAAAGUGAAAUUCGCACCCCCCUGCUUUUCGUGAGCUCUGCUUUUCUAAGGACAGGUGGGAAUAUGUUUUUGAGUAGGUGGUGUGGUUUCUUCAAUUUGGGAGCAUUUGGUGAUGUCAAAGGGGUCAUUGACAUAGAGUUUCCAGAAUUUUGGUUCAAUGUAUUAGACCCUGGAUUUGAAAUGUUUGUGAAGGCAGAAAAAGCUCAUGGGAAUUGGAUUCAAUACUAUUUGGAGGGCAGUAGUACACAAGUUGUCAUGAAUUUGAGCAAAAAAAUCAUAAAACAGUAUUUGGAAGCUCUCAAGAUCCUGAGCUCGUCUUUAAGCAAGCAAGUGGCCCAGUAUGAUGUCUAUUCAAUGAUAACAGGAACGAUGAUUAUUCUGGAGGUGCUGUUCUUGCUCUUAUUGAGCCUUCCAAAAGCCCUGAGCAGCAGAGCUGAAUUUGAGAUGCCUCACUCUUCCUUGUGUUCUCUGAUGUUCUACUUGAUGUGCCUAAUAUGGAGUGCCAUUCAUGUAGUUGUGUGCACCUCCACAGAAAGCUUAUGCUAUUUUUGCAGCAUUCCCUGGCUUAUAGCAGCUGGAAUUAUCAUGCUGGCUUCGGGGCUUUUUUGGGUCAUAAUUUCUCUUCUGGAAGCACGGGUGAUAAAUUCAAGACAACCAUUGAAG